AUGUCUUUUUCCAUCUUCUCGAAGCCUCCCGCUACCGGUUUCGGGGCGUCAACUACAACACCCUUCGGUCAAUCUACGACGACCUCUGGCUUCGGUCAGACAGCAAACCAGCCGCAAAAUCAGAAUCAACAACAAACCAACACACUCGGUGGAGGCGUAUUCGGGGGGAAUACCCUCGGAAAUACUCUUGGAAACACGCUCAGCCAACCAAAUAACAAUGCACUUGGUGGGAGUAUAUUGGGUCAGCCUCAGGCGCAGCAACAACCUCAGCAGCAGCUUGGGGCUUCUGGGUUGAUGAAUGCGAGCCAGGCACCGGUACAGCGUUCGAGCCUAAUUUGGGAGCCAGGCCGAGAGUCACUGAUCCACAAGCCCGUUACAGAGCAAGUCGAAAGAAUGCUCGAGAAGUGGCAUCCCCAACAUCCGAACACGGUAUUCAAGUACUACUUCUAUAAUAAGGUCGACCAAACGCGCAUCCCUCUCUAUCAACCCUCUCCCGCAGAAGACCCUCGAGAAUGGGAACAAGCUGUACACGAUAAGCCAGGUCCAGGUUAUAUGCCUGCCCUGGCUACCGGGUUUAAAGCUGUUAGCGAGCGUCUUACUAUGCAGAAACAGGUCCUAGGACAAUUCAGACAGGCCUUACAUGCUAUCAACUCUAGCUUAGACGCGAUUCUCUCGCAACAUGAUUUGCAGACCAGCGUGCGGACGGCCAAUGCCCGACGAAAGCACGCACUACUACGACAGAGAUGUCUAGCCUUGGCAACAAAGGUACAGGUCUUGCGUAACCGCGGAUACUCUCUCGAUAAGGAGGAAGAUGAGUUGAAGACGAAAUUGGAGACCCUCGACCGGGCUGUAACAGACCCGGCUCUUAGUGCACGCACAGAGGAGUUAUGGAGCCGUCUCCUAAUGCUAAAGGGAUAUUCCGAUAGCCUCAAGAACGAGAUUAACAAGCGCGGCGCGGAAGUCCAGGAGGGAAUAGGAGAGGAAAACGAGGCGCAAGCUAGAGAGAUAUUGGAGAAGUUUGACAAGCAACUACAAGCCCUGAAAACCUCGCUGGAGCAGAUAAAGAAGGAUUAUGAUGAGUGGACUGAAACAAACCCGCCCCCUAGCAAGUAG